GUAUCAGAGUGGGUUACGUACCGCUUGAACAAAACCCUAAAAUAACAAUCUCCAUUCAACAUGGCUGGGGAAGACGACAAUGGCAGCGGCUCAUCAAACAAGACUGACAACGAAACAUCCGACCAUGGCUCUCCUUACUAUCUUCACCCGUCAGACUAUCCGAGGCAAAUGCAUGUGAAUGAAACAUUAAACGACAACAACUAUCUUGAUUGGGUUCAAGAAAUGGAGAAUUUUCUAUUUGCGAAAAAUAAAAUAGGGUUCGUUGACGGAACCCUUCAGAAACCAGAGAAGACACACGCUAAUCACAUGGGGUGGCUUCGAUGCGAUGCCAUGAUUAAAGGGUGGCUGACUACAGCCAUGGAAAGGGAGAUCAGAUCUAGUGUCAAAUAUGCUAGCACUGCCGAAGAAAUCUGGAACGACCUCCGUGAACGCUUCGGGAAGGAAAGCGCACCUAGGGCGUAUGAACUAAAACAACUUCUCACAACAACUAAGCAAGACGGGGCUUCUGUUUCUGCAUAUUACACCAAGCUAAGGGCACUUUGGGACGAGAUAAGUUCAGUUUUUAAUAUACCCAAAUGUUCUUGUGCAGGUUGCAAAUGUGGGAUCAGUAAAAGACUCACUGAACUAAGAGACAAGGAGAGAUUAUACGAGUUCUUACUUGGACUCGACAGUGAGUUAUCCACGAUCAGAACCCAAAUAUUAGCAAUGAAGCCUAUUCCUACUUUAGGUGAGGCAUACCACCUUGUGGCAGAAGACGAGCAGCAACGGGCAAUCUCAACUGGAAAAAGGACCAAUAGUGAAACAGCUGCGUUUCAAGCUCACAUAAAACAUGAUGCUGAUGUUUGGUCACAAAGAAAAAUGGGUCCAAGAAAUGGAAAAAGAGGAGGAAAUGAUAAAGUUGAACAUUGUGAUUUUUGCGGAAAAGACGGACACACUCGUGACGGUUGUUUCAAGCGGAUCGGUUACCCGGAAUGGUGGCCCGGCAAAGGGAAACCAGAAAAAGGAAAAGCGAAAGCAGCUUUUGUUGAAACAGAACGGGACUCAAUGAAUGAUAAGCAUGGUGAUGAAAAGAUUACUAUAGCUGGACUAAGCAGCGAACAGUAUAGGCAAUUUGUCAAUCUGUUCACAGCGAAAAAUUCUCAAAAUAUUGAUGUUACUCAACCGGCAGCCAACAUGGCAGGACUUGAGUUCGAGGAGAUUGAUUGGGACGGGUAGUUGCCAACGAGGUUUAUACCGGAUGAAAGUCAAAGAAAAUAAAAGAGAAGCCUUAGCAACAACAGGUGAAGUAUGGC